UAGCUGAACGCAGCAACAUGGCGUCUCACGCAUCGUAUACGAAUGUAUCGGACUAGAGCACGGUAAUCUGAUUUUCUCGCUCGUCACGCAUCUCCGAGGAACCAGCGAGCAACCGAGCGACGCGUUCCGCGAUCUGACGCGUACGCGUAUAAUCCGGGAAAGCGUUUCUUCGAUUCGCCACACACAUAUAUACAUUUGCGCUCGCCACCAGCAAGUCGCGUCAAAAGUUGCGUGUGCGUGCGUGUGUUUCGUUGUGUUGUAUUGUGUUGUGUUCCGCGUGCGUGCGUUUAUUUGUGCGUGCUUGUGUCGUACGCUUGACGGAGGCGCAGCUACUAUCCCGCGACCCCGUUGCUGCCCCUGCCGUCAUUGUCGUCGUCGUCGUCGUCGUCUCUUCAUCGUGCGACGUGCUAAACAAACGUGCAUGACGAUCGAACGGGAGGGGAAGUGAAACAACGCUGCGGGAAGCGAGAGACGGACGCGGAAAAGUGUCGCGAGGCGGAAUUCGGUGCUGGUAAUCGAUAUGACAGUCACGUAACACGCGUGAACAUGGGUCGCCGUUCUGCCUCAGGAUCGUCAUCGUCAUCGUCGUCGUCGUCGCUCGUAGUAAACACGACAGAUUGCGACGAUCCGACGAGAAUGGAGCAGUGAACGAGGGCGGCGCGCGUUCCAUCAACGUACAUAUCAUCAGUGUUCGCGGUCGGUGGACUUUUCUCGUCGGAAAGAGAGAGAGAGAGAGAGGGUGGGGGGGAAGAGUAGUAAGGUAGAGAAGAGUGCCCGUUUCCCAGCGAAGAGACGGAGGAACGUUCUUAAUUGUGCUUUCGGCGUCGUCGUUCUCGUUGUCGGAAAUCGCAGAGUAGUUCUCGAAUGCGGAAAGUGCCACGAUGGUGAUACGAUCAUAAUUACCAAUUCGCAGAGCUUGCCGCGUGCAAAUGCAUUCGCUCAGAUUUGUCUGCAACCGCGUGAAGAUCCCUAAGACUGCCCGACUCCUUACCAAGUUACCCUUUCAAGUACCAUGUGUGGAAGUAGUAAUCUAUAAAUCCCACUGAAAGGAGGAUGCCGGUAACUAAACGCAUUCCAAACCCCUCGCGAUCCGACGGCGGUAGUAGUGAGAGCCCAUUGCUCGUGGAAGAAAAUGAGACAGUCGGUGCACCUCACAGUCCACGCAAUAUACACAGUCACAGCCAUUCACAUGGCAAUCCACACCGAUCUCACAGUUAUCAUCAUGAAAAGCCCAAACAAGUAGUGAAAUACGGUGAACUAGUUAUACUUGGGUACAAUGGUUACCUUCCACCUGGUGAUAGAGGGAGAAGGAGAAGCAAAUUCGUAUUAUGUAAAAGACCCGUGCCAAAUGGUGUUAAACGUAGCAAGCAUUACAUCGUUAAAACGCCUCACAGUUCGCAAGCCAUCCUCAAUACAAAGCAGCACUCGAUUUCAUAUACACUCUCCAGAACACAAGCUGUUAUUGUCGAAUAUACAGAAGAUGAAAAAACCGAUAUGUUUCAGAUCGGCCGUUCGUCCGAGUCGCCUAUCGAUUUCGUAGUGAUGGACACAUGUGCGGGUGGCGGCGAUGGCGGGCCCGCUAACGAAGGACGUGUCGCCCAAAGCACUAUCAGCAGGUUUGCUUGUCGGAUUUUGGCAGAUCGAUCGGAUCCUAGAAUCGCUAGGAUCUAUGCCGCGGGCUUCGACAGUUCAAGAAACAUUUUUUUAGGGGAAAAGGCAACUAAAUGGCAGGAGAAUCGCGAGAUCGACGGACUUACGACGAACGGGGUCCUGAUAAUGCAUCCGCGAGGUCAGUUCUGCGGUGGUGAGGCGCAAUGCGGUUUCUGGCGGGAAGUCAGUGUGGGCGGUGGAGUUUUCUCGCUCAGAGAAAGUAGGAGCGCUCAACAGAAGGGUAAUGUUGUCGAAGAUGAGAGCAAUAUUCUGCAAGAUGGUACUCUCAUUGAUCUCUGUGGCGCUACUUUACUUUGGCGAUCAGCCGAGGGUCUCGCGAAGUCUCCGACGAAGCAGGAUCUAGAGGAAUUAGUUGAUGCUAUAAAUGCCGGCAGGCCGCAGUGUCCUGUGGGCUUGAACACACUGGUCAUACCACGCAAAGCAGCUUCGGAUUCGACGCAGCAGCAGCCAUAUGUUUAUCUUAAAUGCGGUCAUGUACAAGGACAUCACGAUUGGGGCCAGGAAAAGGAUAAAGUUACGAGAAGAUGUCCCAUGUGCCUUGUCGCAGGGGCGGUAGUCAAAUUGUCUAUGGGAAUAGAGCCUGCCUUUUAUGUAGACUGCGGACCGCCCACUUAUGCAUUUAGUCCCUGUGGGCAUAUGGCUACAGAAAAAACUGUCAAAUAUUGGGAAAAAGUAGCCAUUCCACAUGGCACAAACGGUUAUAUCGCGAUUUGUCCCUUCUGUGCAGUACCGCUCGAAGGCACGCCAGGAUAUGUAAAACUAAUUUUUCAGGAUAAUGUAGAUUGAAGAUAAAAAAUAAUGGAAGCAUGUGUAGAAAUUAAUAACUUCUUAAGAAAUAUAAGAAUUAUUAAACUCAA